CUGAACCAAUUGUGAGGAAGGAACUUCACAAUAUGCCUGAUGAGUCUGUAUUCAUCUACUGCCUAGUAGGAGACAGAGCCUACUGGAAAGAUCCCAACAACGAAUUCAGGAAGAAUCUGAAACUAACAGGAGUGCCUACACUACUUAAAUAUGGAACACCUCAGAAGCUGGUUGAAGAAGAAUGUUUUAAAGCAGAGCUUGUGCGUAUGUUGUUUACUGAAGACUAAAUCCUCCAGCAGUCAAUCAUUUACAAAGAUGUUAAUCUCAACUUGUUUGCAGUGUCCUUUCAAUGAAUCUUUAACCUUUCUUAAAACUUUCAUGGUUAAUUACUUCACACUAGUCAAGAUAAAUGUCAUUAAAUUCUAGGUCCAAACCUUCCACUAAAAUCCUGCAAGAAAAAAAAACUGUAUCUUUCCUUUUAUGUUCAAAUAAACUUGAGUUUGCAAACA